AUGGAUGUUUCUUCAGUUAUUUGUGCACUAAAACGAUUUUUUGCAAGAAGGGGUUAUGUAAAGAUGUUAAUUAGCAAUAAUUUUUCUAUGUUCAAAUCAAAGGAACUAUCUAGAUUUUUAUGUACCAAAUUUAUUAAGUGGAAAUUUAUUUUACCGCUUUCCCUAUGGUGGGGAGGGUUUUAUGAGAGAUUAAUACGUAUAGUUAAAGGAGCGUUAAGGAAAACGCUGGGGAAAGCUUGGCUGACAUUUGAUCAACUGAAUGCAGAGUUAGCAGAAGUAGAAAUGAUUCUAAACAGCCAACCUUUGUGUUAUGUGUCUGACGGAGACGAUGUGGAGCCAUUGACUCCAUCUCAUUUAACUGUUGGCAGAAGGCUUCUUAGUCAAGUAGGAUCAGUUAAUACAGAAGAUCCAGGCUCAGUUAAAAUUAGUGCACUGGAGCAAUUUAAACAUUUAAAGACCUCGAUUUAG